AUGAAGAUCUUAGGACUUGUAUUCAUUUUAUUUGUUGCUUUUGAAUUAAGUUCUUCUAGACCGAGCAAAGCUGAACUUGAGCUCAGAGAUAUUCUUGAAAGAAUUUUAGAAGAAAAGCUAGACAAAAGAAAGGGCAGUGGAGGAAAUAAUUUGCCUGAGGAUAUAGAUCCAAAUUCAAGUGAUGAAAAUGACGCCGAGGCCCAAUCUGUUGAUACUCCAAAAGGUCACCUCAAGCCUAAAAACAUACAUCCGUAUGACAAGAAUGAUAUGAUUGCUCAAAGCCACGACACUCAUCCGUUAAAUCCCCAAUACGGCUUGCCGCCAUCUGAUAAAGGGGCAGAUAAGAGGAAUUUUGAAGUUGUCAGUAAUCUGUGGGAGAAUGGAGUCGUGCCUUAUGAAGUGGAUAGUGCCUCUUUCUCUACUUCCUCCACCAGCCUUCUAAUGAACUUAAUCGGGGAAGCAAUCAAUAUUAUUCAGACGCAGAGUUGUGUGACUUGGAAAGAGAGAGUAGAUGAAACAUAUUACGUCUUAAUUAGGAAUGGAAGCGGGUGCUCCUCCUAUAUUGGAAAUGUACAAUUACAAUCAGGAUCACAGCCCCUCUCGCUCGGUACCGGUUGUCUGUAUUUAAGCACUGUGAUUCAUGAAAUGCUACAUGCCAUGGGAGGACGUCAUGAACAAAGUCGUGGAGACAGAAUGGGCAAGAUAGAUAUUUUAUGGAACAACAUUCGACCUGGGCUCGGCUAUAAUUUUGCUGCUGCAAAUACAAAGAAUGGCGUGCCGUACGACUAUUCCUCAGUCAUGCAGUACAGCCUAUUGGCGUUCUCCACGGAUUAUUAUGGUGGUGCUAAGACGAUGACAUUGCCGGACACUGAGUUGGAGUACCUCACCACGAGUGGUGGAAAGACUCUGUCUAUAUAUGAUAUAGCAGAAAUAAACCAAGCCUACCAGUGCACAGCUAGUUGUAGUAAUACAUGUUUGAACGGUGGAGUAGCAAAACAGUCCAGCGGUGUCUGUGGUUGUGCAUGUCCUUCUGGAACAAAGGGAGUCGACUGUGGGCAGCUGGACACCAGUCCUGGUUGCGGGAGUACAAUAAAUCUUUCUGCUGGCCAAACUUCUCAAAUAAGUCUCCCAAAUUACAGCAAUGGUCUUCUUUGUACAUGGUUAGUGAAGGGAGAUGUUGGAACUAGAAUCAAAGCAACGAUCACCAGUAUGGACCUCCCGUAUAAUUCUGCCGAUGACUGCUACCACUGGCUAGAAUUCAGAGACAAUUUAAUAGGACAGCCUGGCAAAGAAAAAUGUGGUACUGUUGGAGGCUCUGAAUUUGUGAAAAGUUUGAGUGGAAAUCCCGCAAGGAUGAUGAUAAGAUUUAACAGCGCUAAACACACCAGUGUAUCUCCUGGAGCAGGCUUCCAGGUCACCGUAGAGGCUUAUCAGUCAGGGUGUAUCGGUUUCCCAUGUAAAAAUGGAGGAACAUGCACAGAAACAGCCAAUGGUGGGUUUAGUUGUUCAUGCACGAUUGGAUGGUCGGGAGCAACCUGUCAAAAUAUUCAAGCUAAUGCCACUAACUUCUGUAACAUUGAUGAUGAUUUAUACACCUGCGCUUUCCAGCAAGACGAACAAAUUUCAGAUUUUCGAUGGUCGAUCACAACGAACUUUCCUGGAAAUACAGAUAACCGCCCGGCACUGUUCCUAAGACCACAGAGUUCUGGCUGGUACUACUACAAUUGGAAGUCUAGUCUUAUUACAAAAGCUAAUUUCGAAGCAAAUCACAGGUGUUUAAAGUUUAAGUGCAUUUUCACAACCGACUCACCAACUCACUCCUAUCCAUCAGCUUUGACUGUGUAUUACAAAGGAACGGGGGUUUCUAAGAGCAGCAUCUUAACCCUAACAACGGCAGACGCCACAAACUCGUGGAGCAGUAAACAAGUUGAUGUUCCAGAGGUUGGAAAUCUCGAGGUGACGAUUGAAGGCAAUCUUGGUGUACAAUACGUCAUGCUUAGAGAUAUUGGACUGGAACCAAAUCAAUGUGCUGGAUCACAAGUAUGUGUGGAUUAUAAUCCAUGCCAAAAUGGAGCUCAGUGCGUGCCGUCGGGAUCGGGAUUCACCUGUCAAUGUGACCCGUGUUUGAACUCUGGUACCAACUGUGAAAUAGAUGUUGGAUACAGAUGCACUUUUGAGAAUCAGAAUUGUUUUUUGAGUGACGUAACGAGUGACGAUUUUGAUUGGACGGUUAAAGAGACAAGGAGAGUGAACCUAAUGCCUAUAGCUAACCUGAGUUACAACAGAGAUAAGACUUACUGCCUAAAUCUACACUACCACAUGUGGGACGGAUAUGGCUACUAUAUGGGGACACUGAAGAUUAAAACACAGACAGGAGCAAAUGCUCCCGUGACGAAAUGGGAAAUCUCUGGAAACCAAGGCAACGAGUGGAAAAGUCUACAACUGGAGCUUAGUCUGGACCCCCAAACAAAGAUUAUUAUUGAAGCCACCAGAGGAAGUAAUUGGCCAAGUGAUAUCGCUAUUGAUGACGUCAUUCUUAAAGGAUGUAGUUGUACAUAAUGUUAAAUCAACUGGAAAGAAAAACAUCUAACCGGAAUGUGAACCAUCAACAUCAUUAUUAUCGUAGUUAUUUUUCAAAAAACUUAAAAUG